AUGUCUGCCGUCCAAAGACUAUUCCUGCAAAGAGCUUUAAACACAGCCUCUCACUCUCCAGCCACAAGAACAAGGAUAUCCAACAUCUACAUGGUCUAUCUAGCAGCAGGUCUAACACUCCCAUUCCUACUCCCCGCAGCAGAGACAUCCAGUUUGAAGCACAGCAAGGGUAACGUCAAGGGAAGAUUCAAUCCAAGAUACUUCUUCUGA